CCAGUAUCGUGCUCACACGUAUACAACAAAUCAAAAUCCUAAUUUUAGUAAAAUUCCCAAACCCAAAACAAACUCCCUAUAAAAUCUUCUAAUCCGUUACCUAAUCAGAUUCCAUUCCCCCAAAAUCAAAAAAGAAAAAAAGCCAAUCAUCAAUCGCAAAAAAAAAAAAAAAAAUCCCCAAAUUCAAUUUCAUCAUGGGUUUCAAAUCUCUCUUCAAACGGAAGAAGAAGAGCCUAAUCAAUUCCUCCCAAUCCACCCCCGCCGUCUCCAGAUCCCCGUCGCAGAACGGCGGCCGCUGCCGCAUCGAGGAGGAAUUGGAGCACGUCUUCAAAAAAUUCGACGUGAACGGCGACGGGAAGAUCUGCGCCGCCGAGCUAGGUUCAAUUAUGGGCAGCCUCGGCCACCCGGCGACGGAGGAGGAGCUGCGGACCAUGAUUCAGGAGGUGGAUUCCGACGGCGACGGCUUCAUCGAUCUCCGCGAAUUCAUCGAGCUGAACACGAACGGAAUCGGCCAGGACGAGGUCAUCGAGAAUCUGAGAGACGCGUUCGAGGUUUUCGACAUGGACAAAAACGGCUCGAUUUCCGCCGAGGAGUUGCACAACGUUCUGAAGAGCCUCGGCGAGGAAUGCACGUUGGCCGAGUGUAGGAAGAUGAUCAGCGGCGUCGAUGCCGAUGGCAACGGGACUAUCUGCUUCGAUGAGUUUAAGGUUAUGAUGAUUAAGGGAUCCAGAUUUGACGACGUCGUUAAGAGGAUCGGAAUUACCAGUGGCGCAUCGACCCGUUUCCCUAAACCCCCACCGGAGUACCCGAUGUCAACCAAGAUGAUGCUAAUGGCGUCUUCGCUAACCCACGCGCGGCCUAUAGCAUGCGCCGCCGCGUCGGCCUUCAUCAACCCGUCGCGUUUGGCGUCUCAGCCGCCGGACCUCAUAAAAUGGGUCCGCAGAGAAGGUGGGUUUGUGCACCACUCAAUCAAGAUUGCAUAUUUGGAGGAGGAUAAACCCAACGGGCCCGGGCUCGGGCUUGGGCUUGUUGCUACUGACGAUAUCCCAAAAGGGUCGGACCUCAUUACCCUACCCGACCACAUUCCUCUCAGAUUCGAUGCCAAAGAUGGAGAACCCUCUACUCUGAUUGAUUUAGCUCGACAUAUUCCAGAGGAAUUAUGGGCCAUGAAAUUGGGCGUAAGGCUUCUGCAAGAACGAGCGAUAAGGGGUUCGUUUUGGUGGCCCUACAUCGGGAAUCUUCCGGAAACUUACAGCGUGCCGAUUUUCUUCCCCGGUGAAGAUAUCAAGAAUUUACAGUAUGCUCCUCUUCUUCAUCAGGUAAACAAGAGAUGUCGGUUUCUUCUUGAAUUUGAGAAAUUAGUGAAAAACGAACUCGAAACUAUCAAACUGGAUGACCACCCUUUUGGAGGCAAAAAUAUAGACGCAUCAGCGCUCGGGUGGGCCAUGUCAGCAGUUUCGUCACGAGCAUUUCGCUUGCACGGCAAGAAACAUCCAGACGGGACCCACAUCGACACUCCGAUGAUGCUUCCGCUCAUAGAUAUGUGCAACCACAGCUUCGCGCCGAAUGCUGAAAUUGUACAAGAAAACAACGAAAACGUACUCGUAAAGGUUAUUGCUGGAGCGGAGAUUAAAAGAGACGAUCAAUUAGAGCUUAAUUACGGAAGAUUGAAUAAUGAUUUUUUUCUUAUGGAUUACGGAUUUGUUGUUCCUUCAAAUCCGUAUGAUUGCAUUGAACUGAAAUAUGACUCUGGUUUACUAGAAGCUGCAAGCAUGGCUGCGGGGGUUUCUACCCCCAACUUCUCGUCUCCAUUACCGUGGCAGCAACAAAUUUUGCUCCGGUUAAAUCUGCACGGUGAAAAUUCUGAUCUCAAGGUAAGGAUUGGAGGAUCGGAGUUGGUGGAGGAUCGGCUAUUGGCCGCACUAAGGGUACUCCUAUCGAACGACAAAGAAGCAGUAGAAAAGCACAAUUUAGACACACUCAAAUCGAUAGCAUCGGGUCCCCCACUCGGACCAUCAAACGAGGCAGCUGUUUUCCGAACAAUCAUCGCUCUAUGCAUGAUAGCAUUAAGCCAUUUCCCGACGAAAAUAAUGGAAGAUGAAUCUGUAUUGGAAAAGACGGUUUCUUCAACUGCUGAGCUGGCGGUUCGGUAUAGAAUACAGAAGAAGUCUCUGAUUAUUGAUGCUAUGAGGGAUUUUACGAGGCGAGUGAAGUUGCUUUCUGAGAAGGAACCCGUUUCCGCCCAAUAGUUAUGCAUCGAGUUUUCGGAGAUAAUUUAAUGUUUUUUAGUUUAUUAUUUGCAUUUUGAUGGAAAUCGCAUCGAAAUUUUUGAAUUUUGUCGAUUUCAAUCCGAAUAUUUUCCGAUUAUAUAUUAUUAAUUUACAAAAAUUCCAA